AAGGAGUCAAAGGAUACGUCCAAGGAUUCCUAAAGGGUACUACGGAAAGAGUCCAAGGAUACCUGCAAGGAUUCCCAAAGGAUACUACGAACAAAUUCCAAGGAUACCUCCAGUGAAGAGCCGCCCCAGGACCAGCCGGCUCCCGUUAGCCAUGCCGAGGCUGUGGCAGCGGCUACGUGGGAGUUCCGGCGCAAGUGCGAGGCGCGAAGGCGAGACGAGGAGCGGCGGUUGAAGGAGAUGGAGGAGACGCCGGAGUGGCAGGCCCAACUACGGAUGGCCGAGGAGGAGGAGACGCAGCUGUGGGAAAACCCGGGGUACCCACCUACGCCGAGGUAUGCGCCCGAACCCUGCACCCCGCCGCAAGAAGUGGCAGACGAUUGGGCGUCCUCGCCGGACAGACAUACCGGCGGACCACGUGAGCCACAGCACCCGGACGUUCGUGGCCGAAGGGGUAAGGUGGCGACAGCAGACGGUUGUCUGGACCUGGCCGGAGGGACCCGCGGAGGAGACGGCAGCGACGGAAGAACCCCGGAUCUGGGAAGAAUGUGGUCCCCGGGUGAGCCCGCUGGACCCCAGGACCCGUGGCAGACCGGAGCAGUGGGCACCACCGACGCCGAGCACCGGACCAACGACGCCGACGCCUACCGGGAGCGCAGUAACCGCGGAGCCUCUGGAGCGAGGACCCUGGGUGUGGCCUGAGCCCGUGGAAAACGGCCGUCCUCCGCUCAAGCGGCAGGACUCGGCGCCCGAAGUGUCCGAGGUGGUGGCCCGGCCGAAGUUGUCGCGGACGGUGUCGGCGCCGGAAGGCCAGCGAUGGCGAGAAAUCGCGGAGACGGAGUGGCCCGAAGGGAUCGCGGAGACACCGGUGGUACAGGAGGCUCGCAUCCUGGGCGGCAGGCGCAGCGUGCGCGUGUGGAGAGAGAUGCGCGCGUUCCGCGUCCGGUUGGGGCUGGCGGGCAUGAGAGUGUUCGAGGAGCAGAAAUAAAAGUUAAAUAACACGAAAAA